UAAAGAGCCAGCUCUGCUGCUGCUUGUGCAGCUUUCAUCUCAUUCAUGGCAUAUUUGUGGCGCGUCUUCAGACUCUUACCUUCUUAUGGAGUUGAUCUCUGGGAACGAGCCAUGACUCCGCUAGACUUGGAUGCAAUAGUGUCAGAACUGGGCCCCACUUCCCAGAACGCCACUGUGGGGGCAGCAGCUGGCAUUUCCGUGGCAACCAGAACUCUGCUUUUACUCGUCUGUCUGCUGCUGGUAGCCUGGAGCCACACGGACAAACAACAACUACCAGGUCCAUCUUUCUGUCUGGGGUUGGGACCUCUUUUGUCAUAUGUGAGGUUCAUUUGGAGCGGCAUAGGCACAGCCAGCCAUUACUACAACAACAAGUACGGCGACAUUGUGCGCGUUUGGAUCAAUGGAGAAGAAACGCUCAUUCUCAGCAGGGCUUCGGCGGUGCACCACGUUCUGAAGCAUGGACACUACAACUCUCGUUUCGGUAGCAAGUUAGGGCUCAGCUGUAUCGGGAUGAAUGAGAGCGGGAUUAUAUUUAACAACAAUAUCACCCUGUGGAAAAAGAUACGCAGCUAUUUCGCUAAAGCUCUGACAGGCCCUGGCCUGCAGCAGACCUUGGAUGUUUGCAUUUCCUCAGCACAGAACCAUCUGGACCACCUGGAGGAGACUAACUUGGAGACAACUGCAGGGGAUGGACGCAGACAUGUGGAUGUCCUCAGUCUGCUCCGCUGCACUGUAGUGGACAUCUCCAAUAGACUCUUCUUGGGUGUACCGGUAAAUGAGAAGGAGCUGCUGCAGAAGAUUUUGAAGUAUUUUGACACAUGGCAGACCGUCCUGAUCAAGCCAGACUUCUACUUUAAGUUGGACUGGAUUCACCAAAAGCACAAGGCAGCAGUCCAGGGACUCCAAGAUGCCAUAGAGAGUCUUGUGGAGGAUAAAAGGACAGAAAUGGAGCAGGCGGAUAAACUGGACAACAUCAACUUCACUGCAGAGCUCAUAUUUGCACAGAACCGUGGCGAGCUGUCUGCUGAGAACGUGAGGCAGUGCGUGUUGGAGAUGGUGAUCGCAGCACCGGACACAUUGUCCGUCAGCCUCUUCUUCAUGCUGCUGCUCCUCAAGCAGAAUCCAGAUGUGGAGCUGCUGCUGCUCCAGGAGAUUGAUGUUGUAGUCGGUGACAGAGCCCUGCAGAAAGCUGACCUGUACAAGUUGCAAGUGCUGGAGAGCUUCAUCAAUGAAUGCUUGCGUUUUCACCCGGUGGUGGACUUCACCAUGCGCCGGGCACUUUCUGAUGACGUCAUUGAUGGCUACAGGGUCCCUAAAGGCACAAAUAUCAUCUUGAACACCGGCCGCAUGCAUCGCAAUGACUUCUUCCUCAAUCCCAACCAAUUCAGUCUAAAAAACUUUGAAAAAAAUGCUCCUCGACGUUACUUCCAGCCCUUUGGGUCAGGCCCUCGAGCCUGCGUUGGCAAGCACAUUGCUUUGGUGAUGAUGAAAACAAUCCUGGUGACACUGCUCUCCCAGUAUUCUGUGUGCCCCCACGAGGCCUUGACCCUGGAUGGCCUCCCACAGACCAACAACCUCUCUCAGCAGCCCGUGGAGCACAAGCAGGAGAGCGACCGUCUCAUCAUGACAUUCUUACCUAGGAAGAGAGGACACUGGAACACUUCCUGAGACUUUUUUUUUUCCUUGUCUCGUGUGUCUGUUCACAUACAUUUAUUUACUGCAUACUACAUUCUCACUUAAAACACAUUUAGUAAAACAUUGGCUGGUGGGUUCAUGUUUGCCAUCUGAAUUUAAAAAAUGUGUUUAAAAUACUCCAUUUUAUUAAAAUUGCACGCCUGUAUAAAGCUUGUUUUGCCAAAACCAGUGUAUCAACUUAAAUAUCAUAUUGUACAAACGUGUUGUGGUAUUUGUCAUUGUUGAUGAAUCAAUGCAUACAUUUUUACUGGUGUUUUGUGAGAACUUUGUCAUUUGAGGAAAAGAUGGAUGUUUCAUACAUUGAGCAACCUCGCAUCACUUGCACAUCCAACAUGUCUAAAAAGGAUUAAGAAGAAGCACACUUUACUUAACCUUACACCUUCUCCAUGUUACA